UGACUCCAAGGAGGAACUAGGGGAAGCCGGGCCAGUUUGGCAAUUAGGUAGCUCAGGAGCUUUGACUUGGAAGCGACAAGUACAAAGCCAGGCCAGAGAGUUAGGUUCAUAGGUUCACCUUUGCAUCCCGCUGGUGUGAAUGGAAGGGAGUGAGCCUGGCGCUGGGUCUCAGGCUCUGAUAGGUGGAAAGGGGAAGGAGGCGGAGCCUGGGAAGUCGGACUGGGAAACGAGGCGAGCUGCUAAGGGGGGGGAAGAGAAAAAGAGGAAGAGAUGUUACUUUAACCCCAUGGCCACACCCAUUACACUUAUGGUGUCUAGAGCAGUAGGAGGGAAGAAAUAUUUGCAGGCCGACUUGGGAUUCUCUAGGAGACAUUUAUUUGCAGGGUUUCGGAAGAAAAGCCACCCUGGGAAACCUCCCUUUUUCUAUCUUGGGUGCGUCUGGCGGAGGUACGCCCCGCCUUCCCGAGAGGCCGCGGGGCACGCGGUUCUGCGCAGGCGCGCGCUCUUCCAGCGCGCCUUUCCCGGCAGGCUCCUGUGGGCGUGGCUGCGCGGGCAACAUGGCGGCGCCCCAGGCGGUGAUGCUUCCGGACAAACUAGGCCACAAAAGGUUCAGGGCCGCCCUGAAGAAGGAGAAACGGAAGAAGCGCCGCCAGGAACUUGCUCGAUUGAGAGACUCAGGCAAAAAUUACAUGAGGAGUGGUUACAGCGGGAGCAGAAGGCACAGGAAGAAUUCAGAAUAAAGAAGGAAAAGGAAGAGGCAGCUAGAAAACGGCAGGAAGAGCAGGAGAGAAAGUUAAAGGAAGAAUGGGAAGAACAGCAGAGAAAAGAGAAAGAAGAGGCGGAGCAGAAGCUACAGGAGAAGAGAGAGAGAGAGGAGGCUGUGCAGAAGAUGCUGGAGCGGGCUGAAAAUGAGUUGGAAAAUAGUGCCACAUGGCAAAACCCAGAACCACCCACGGAUGUAAGAAUAAUGGAGAAAGAUCGAGCUAACUGUCCAUUCUACAGUAAAACGGGAGCUUGCAGAUUUGGAGAUAGGUGUUCACGUAAACACAAUUUCCCCACAUCGAGCCCCACCCUUCUCAUCAGAAGCAUGUUUACAACAUUCGGGAUGGAGCAGUGCCGAAGGGAUGACUAUGACCCCGACGCCAGCCUGGAGUACAGCGAGGAGGAGACCUACCAGCAGUUCCUGGACUUCUAUGAGGACGUGCUCCCCGAGUUCAGGAACGUGGGGAAGGUGAUCCAGUUCAAGGUCAGCUGCAACUUGGAGCCUCACCUGAGGGGCAAUGUGUAUGUUCAGUACCAAUCGGAAGAAGAAUGCCAGGCGGCCUUUUCCCUGUUUAACGGAAGAUGGUAUGCGGGACGCCAGCUGCAGUGUGAAUUCUGCCCAGUGACCCGGUGGAAAAUGGCAAUUUGUGUCCCCAGCAGCUCUCCACUAGCUGAUGUAGCUUCUCAAAGCCAAGAAAAUUACAACACUCUCAGUUUCACUCAACCAACUUGUGAGGGGGGAAAAGCAACCUAUAGUUUAUCCACAUUAUCUACUCAAGAAAGGAGGAAAAAUUGGACUUGCCCUGGACCAGUGCUCAAUUCACCCUCCCAAUAUACUUUCCGCUUUAUUCUAUUCCUGUUUUCAUCAGUCUCUGCAUUAGCUCCUUUUCCUUAGAAUACAUAUGUUCAACCCUCCUCCGUACUAAGAAUAGUAUUUUUCUCACUCCCCUACAAAAAGGACCAGAUGGAGUGGGAAGUGUAGGAUAACAAAACAUUGAGAGGAAUUAAGUUACACCUGUUCUCAAAACCACCAAUGUUCCUUAAAAAAGACAAACCCAUUACCUUAAAAUUCCCCAGACAUUAACCCUACAAGGCUGAUGACGCAAAGUAAAGUGAUCUGGGAAAACUACAACGAAAACUGGUAAGCUAGCAAUUACCUGAAGGCUUAAGGCUUGUUGAAAUGAGAAUUGCUAAAGUAAACUAGUGGUAUUGAAUCCCAAAUUGAAAAUCUAAUCUCUGAUUUUCUCUUUCUAUUAUAGUAACAAUGUACUCAAUGAGAAAACAAUUUACAUUUAAUAAAAAUAAAGUGUAACUUGAAAUUAAUUUCUACUCCACCUUUUCUUGCAAAUGGGCAUCAUUUAUUCCUUGCAUUAUAAAGUAAUAUCACUUGUCCUUCAUGUUCUAGAAUACAGCAGUCCUUUUGAUUACUUCUCACUGAAUUCUGUAGCAAAGUCCUAACUCCCAAUACUAGAACCCUAUUCCCUAUGCUGAGGAGCAAAGGACCAGAGAGUAUCCCAGCUCACUGAGAUCUGUUCUCAGCGAGGAAUAAAAAGAAGCACUUUUUAAGUACCUUUUAGAUGACAGGGCUUACAGGGCUCAUGGGGUCAGGGUUAUUUCACAACCAGUUAUGGGGCAUUAGGAAAAUCAAGUGAUUUUUUACAUUAAGUUAGGAAAGGGCGGUAAGAGCAAUAACUGCUCCAGAUGGUAUCUAAAAUGGUAGAGCACAGAGAUGCUUCACUUUACACACUGAGACUUUCUAGCAAAUGCUACUGUAUGUUUUACCUAAUGGAUCAACAGUGUAUCACUUCCAUUCACCCAGCAGUUUGUAAUUUAAAAAUGACAAAAUAAAAUAUUUUAUACUUAUAAAACUUGCGCAUUUUACACCUCUAGGAAAAGAGAGGGUGCUCAAACAUUUGCAGAGUUAAUACCAUUAAGUUAAUGUCCUGCUCCUAAAUCUUCUCUCACUUGAUAUCCCUGAGUAUCUUUGCCAUAACAUUACAUAGAACUGAUCUCAUUUCUUUUAUAAUCAGUUAACAGUUUCAUAUAAGGCCAUCUGCAAUUUUCUGUUUCCCAUUGAUGGACAUUUGUGUAUGUUCCAAUGGCUUAAUGUUAUAGUGACCAUGUGUCUUGGUGCAUUUGUACAUUUGUAUAUUGGUGUAUUUUUAUAUUUCUGUUGGAUAAAAUUCCUUGAAGUAUAA